AUGAACUUCAAAAAGCUUUUUUCAUGUUUUCGACGCAGACCUCCUGCGCCUACAGAAGACAUAUCCUCAAACCCAUAUGCCUAUCCCACGUUUCCUCCUCCGCCGCCAGAGGAGCUUUUGGCACGAAGUUCAUAUUACAAUAACCUGCUGAACCAACGCGAAAACACUGCUCCACUUGAUUCCCCAGGCGAUACGCCCCUCUUCGCCCUCUAUCGCCUUUACGAACACCUUGUGCUUAACCGUACCACUGGUAUUCGCAAUGAACUCAAGCGGUUUUGGUUUAAUCGCUGGCCUGUAUCAUCAAUUCCGGAUCCUCUAGAUCAUUCCGAACCAGCUCGAUAUGCGGUUUUAGCUUGUAUUCCCGCUCUAAUAACAUUGGCAUUCAACAGAAGGAUAGAGCUAGGGUUGCCUAGACGUGCGGACCCUAUUAUUACCAUGGAGGAGAUAGAGGAGUUUCGGAAUGAGGAGAGGAUAUAUGAACAUGUCCCUGAGUGGACAUUAUCCGUGAAGCCACUGCAAGAAGUGCUGAAGAUACCCCAUGAUGGAGGAGGGACCCUGGACUCAUUUGAUGAUAAGAGAGCAAGCCCGCAGCUCAGAGAAAAGAACAUUUUGUGCUGGAAGCCACAUAUUCACUUUAUUUAA